AUGGUUGAGACAGGAGCAUACGGCAGCGCUAAGAAAGAAUGCAGCACUUACGCAUGGGGCAUGAACACGUCAGGGCAACUGGGUCUAGGACAUGUUGAGCAUUCCUUUGCCUUGCGUCCGAUUGAAAACUUGACGAGCAUUCGCAUCCGUCAAGUCGCUUGCGGUGCAUUUCAUACUCUUCUCUUGAGCGAUGGAUCCGGGCUCAUCUCCUUCGGGAACAACAAGAAUGGUCAGCUGGGAAACGGCACGUUUGAAUCGUGCUCGACUGCUCAGUUCCAGAGAGUCAUGGUGAAGCAGAUUGCAGCUGGUUAUGACCACAGCCUGGCACUCCUCGAUGAUGGAACGGCUCUGGGCUGGGGCAACAACAAAUGGGGGCAGCUCGGUCUCGAUGCCUUGACCUUAGACCCUGAGAUGCUUUCCUUCAAAGGCGUUGUGCACAUGUCUUGUGGGUAUGAUCAUUGCUUUGCGAUUGUGAGUGCUCAAGGAAGAAGGAACGUGCUUGGCUUUGGAGCCAACGGUUUCGGACAGCUUGGUUUAGGCAACACUUCUGAUGUGGCUAUUCCAACCCCAGUCGACAAGGUGACAAGGGUUGGCAUCCAACAAGUGGUAUGCGGGGGCAAUCACACUAUGGUCCUUUCCAAGGACAAAGUCUACGCGUUCGGCAGGAACGACUUCGGUCAGCUUGGCUUGGGAGAUACUGUUGAUGUCUCGUCCCCUCAAGAAGUCCGCAGCUUGUCUCGAUUACCCAAGCUCAAGAUGAUCUCGUCUGUUGUCUGUGGAGCAAGUCACAGUCUCUUCCUGACUGUAGCUGGAGAGCUGUUGGGAUGUGGACGGAAUGAUCUUGGUCAGCUGGGGCUCGGAAAUGAAACCGUCAAAGUGACUCUUCCUCUUCCCAUCCUGACACGCGAGGUGACCUCUUGUGUUCUCUUGUUCUCUUCUGAUCUGUUGCCCAGCAACUCCGAGACAUCAAAGUCAUUCAGGUGGCCGCAGGCGAGCACACGCUCCUUCUGCUCAGCACGGGAGACAUCAUAG